AUGGUGCAUCAACGCGCAUCUCAGCGAGCUCUGCUACUCAGCGCGACACUUGGUCUCGCUGGUGCAGUCGCCGUGCCAGAGCCGACAGCUGUUCCCGCCAAGGUCGAAGUUCGGGCGCCCGUUGUGACUCCCGCGGCCAUCCGGUUCGAUGGGCGACACAGCUAUGUGCAGAAGAGGGAUAUCCUCGACGACAUCAAGAGUGGCGUAGAGAACUAUGCAAACUCGAUAGGCAGCGUUCUGGGAACAGACCUGCCCAGCUUCUUCACAGAGGGCAUCCCCGGCUGGUUCGAGGACCUGCCUACCGGCAGCCAAGUCCUCUCAAGUCUCGGCAUUAACGACGACGAUUUGGCUGCGAAGCCCACCGAAGUCCUCAACAUUCCUCCCUAUGCCAACUGGACCGACCAGGGCUGGAACGUUCGCUUCCACGGCAAUGUCUACAAGUUCCCGGACAUCUCGCAGAGCAAGGUCGACGACUUGGCCAACGUCUUCCUGAUCGACACCAGUGUUGACCAGCUGCCUGACAACCAGAAGGCCCAGGCACGCAACCUCACGCGAUCCAUCUUCGUCGUCCAGCAAGGCGGUGAGAAUGUCUCCAUGUCGCUCGAGCCCGCGCCCAUGCAGGGUGGUGAUGGUGAGCCCGGAGGCGGCAACUCUGUCGAGGCACCUGGUGGCGUCCAAAACCUCACCCUCCCCUACGAGACGACCGUAGAAGGCGACUUUGACGUCUUCGUACCCAUCCAGUCCAACGGCCUCCUCCCCGGCAAUGAGACCAACAACGUCCAGCGCCUGAACGUCUACACCAACGGCACCAUGAGCGGCAAUGCCACUGCCUUCCUUGUGCCAUCUGAGGGUAUCACCUUCAUCUCCGACAUUGACGACAUCCUGCGUGUAACCAAGAUCUACGACCCCAAGGAAGGCCUUUUAAACUCCUUUGCCCGUCCCUUCACCCCCUGGAUGAACAUGCCCGAGAUCUACGCAAACUGGUCGCAGACCCUCCCCAACAACACGCACUUCCACUACCUGACCACCACCCCCGAGCAGGCCACCCGUCUCUACAUGGACUUCAUCUACAAGACCUACCCUGGUGGCUCUUUCGACACGCGCCCGCUCAACUUCUCAGACGUAUCCGCUACCCUCUCCAUUCGCAUGUUCCUCCUCCAGAAAGUCUUUGCCACCUUCCCUCAGCGCAAAUUCGUCCUCGUGGCCGACACUUCAAACAGCGACGUCAUGAAGGACUAUCCCCAGCUCGCUCACGACUUCCCGAACCAAGUUCAAUGUAUCUUCCUCCGCAAUACCUCUGCCACCGACGACACUAUGUGGUUCCCGUACAACACUGAGGGCUUCAAGGGCCUGAACAACAGGAGCUACAUGUUCUUCCGUGAGCCAAAUGAUUUGGCUGGACUGGAUAUCGUUAACGGACAGUGUCUGAAUGAGACGAUUCAGCAAAAUGUUACUUUCUCGAGGCAGGCGGAGAUUUUGGGAAUUCAUGGCGAUAGUGCGGGUGGCAAGUUGAACAGUGGGGCUACGAUUGGCUUCGUGGUUGCGCUUUUCGCUGCUGUUGCGUUGUCAUUGUAG